UGUAAAUUUUUAACUAAUAAAUAUUUUAAAUGCAAGCGUAAUCCCGAAACCGGUGAGUUUCCCGAUAUGGUGACAUUCAUGGAGGAGACUCACAAACGGAAAUCGGACGGGACAUUUGUUGAUAAAAAAGCUGAGGCAAUAGCUCGUCGAUGUCGGGAGAUGGAGAAAGAGAAACUCACACAAUUGAGUCAACAUGAGGACACGCCUGAUGAUUAUCAACUCACCCAAGCAGAAAAAAACGAUAUUUUCCGAUCGCAAGUUGAAGUUAAAAAAGGACGUAGAUUUGGAUUUGGUUCCAUUCCGUUUGACGAAGACAUGGGCGGAAGUUCGUCAUAUUCACAUGCACACGUGAAUUGUCAAGAAAACGCAGCCGAAAUGAAAGAGUUGAAGAUUCAAUUAAAAGAUUGUAAGUUUUGGAUGGAUAUGAUGGCCCGUCUUCAUCCCGACCUCGUUCCGCCUUCUCGCCAAGAUCAACCCGGAAAUGAAAAUGAAACAAACAACGUUGACAAUCUAUUUGAUAAUAUAUAA